AUGCCUCCGCCGUCACUGCUGCGCCCUCCGCUCUCGCUCCUCCUCCGCCGCUCCCAUACUCCGUCUCCUCUCCGACGAAUCCCCAGCUUCACUCCAUCCCAUCUGCCCGUCCCGCCCAAGCGGCGGCACCUCUCCGCCGCCGCCGCGCAGCUCGCCGACCCGCUCUCCGCCGCAGGGGCGGAGGAGGCGGUGGCGGGCUUCGUCGCCGGCAAGCGCAAGGCCACCGAGGUAGCCCACGCGGUGUGGAGGAGCAUCGUUCAGAAAGGAGACACGGUGGUCGAUGCCACCUGUGGGAACGGAAAUGAUACGUUUGCUCUGCUUAAGAUGGUGUCCGAUGAAACUGGGCGAGGGCGUGUUUAUGGGAUGGACAUCCAAGAUUCCGCGAUCGAUAGCACCUCCUCUUUUCUGAAAAUGGCCGUCGACAGUCGCGAGAUGGAGCUAGUCAAGUUGUUUACAAAAUGUCACAGUAGAAUGGAGGAAAUUGUUCCAAAAGAUUCUCCUGUCAGGCUUGUAGCAUUCAAUCUGGGCUACCUUCCAGGAGGAGAUAAAACAAUUAUCACAGUACCUGAGACAACUGAGCUGGCACUGCAAGCUGCCAGCAGAAUUGUUAGCUCAGGGGGACUCAUAAGUGUCCUUGUCUACAUUGGGCAUCUGGGUGGAAGGGAUGAACUCGAUAUUGUUGAAUCAUUUGCGUCAAGCUUGCCUGCUGAUACAUGGGUGAGCUGCAAGUUUGAAAUGAUCAACAGGCCAGUUGCUCCAGUACUAGUUCUUCUGCACAAGAAAUGA